UAAGGUAUCACUGGUAACCCGCCUAUUCUGCCGAUCAUUGUUGUCAUCGUCGUCGUCGAACUUUUAAAUAUUAACCCAACAGCAACCGUAAUCGUGGUUCAUUUAGUUUUUACAUUUAAUGUUUUUUCGUUUUUAAUUCGCCUAAUAUUGUCACCGUUAAAAGCUGAACCAUGAAAACUGUUUCAGAAAAUGCCAACAGAAACGUUUCUGACAAGACUUCCAACAAGAAGAGUACGAGAAAAUUUUUGCAAACCCUACAGCCAUCUGGCAGUGGUAAAGAAAAUCUAGUUGGGACGGGUAGAUUUGCUGAAAAGAAUACUGAUAAGAUAUCAAAGUCACCAGUUAAAACUGAAAUAGAAGUGAAUUCAAAGGAUAACAAAUCUGUAAUUGCAAAAGUGAAUCCAUCGCUCUAUAAAAAGUUAAUUAUUGACGAUCUCACUAGUGUUGCUGGUCCUAGUGAAAAAUAUUGGGAAGUAAUUGCAGAACGUCGUAGAAAAGCUUUGGAAGAUGUGUUAGAGCAAAAUCGUAGAUUACAUUCCGUAAUUAUAGCUUUAGAAGAAGAAAAUGCAACAUGUAAACAUUUGCUUGAUCAAACUACUGAUCUAGUAAACACAUUAAAGGAAGUUAUGAACUCUGAAGAAAAUAAUGAAACUACUGAAGAAGUUGAUGAACAUUUUUCAAUUGAUUCUGAAACAUUGAACAGUGAUAUUGAUAAUUCUGUCAAUGAAUCCGAAUAGUUGUCAUUUAAUUUAAAUAAAUUAUUCAUUUUUGUUCCUA